AACGUUGAGUAGUAAAAUUUCCAAGACGUCUCACACAUAUAAGAACCCUACAUCCUCGAACUAUUCUUUCCUUUUAACCCACCAAACCCGUCUCCUUCCCUUCACCAUGCAAGAGCCAGUCUACAACCCCGAAUGCCCUAUGGCAAAGACCACCAUCGCCUACCAGUACCGCCUGGGCAACUGUCCCGGAAAGACCAUCGUUGGCAUGCUCGUCGAAUAUCCUCCCAACGGCGCCACCCCGCCUCACCGCCACGGCGGCGCCUCGGUCUCCGCCUAUGUCAUCCACGGCUCUCUGUUGAACAAAAUGAACAACGACCCGAUGAGAGUGAUUGAGCAAGGUGGUUCCUGGUACGAGGCGCCAGGCUGUCACCAUCGGAUUAGCGCCAACGCCAGCCAGACGGAGCCAGCGGCGUUCUUUGUCAAUUUUGUGAUCGACUCGGAGACGUUGGAGCGAGAGGGCCCAUCGGUGCUGCUGCAAUUCGACGCGGAAUAUAAGGAUGUCAUGGCUCGGAAGACACAAUAAGCAGAUUACAAUGUACAUCUGUUUUGAUUUAUAGUUCACUUCUUUCAUUAACCAGAAAAUCUCAUUGUUUACUGGUAGUGACCAGUGUCGCAAGCUCAGAGCGCCCAGCGUAUUAGCGACUCUGAGUCGAUGUUUCGAUGGCCAUACGAUGUUUAAGAAUUCGGACUGAUGACCUCGUGAUGCCUGCUGAGCGCCUG